AUGAACGACUCUCGACAGCAAUUAAAUCCAGAGGAUAAAGAGAUACAAGAUGCCCGACAAAGUUUUCAAGAGAGGUACGAAAGUGCUGAAGUGAUGUUCGAGGAACGUUACUUCAACGUGAAGGGAGCAUAUGAUGAGCGAUACAAGCAUGCCAAGCAGGCACUCGAAGAACAUUGCAAUGUUCUCCAUCAGCAGUUUGAGGAACGAUACAACAAUGCCAAAGAGAUAUUUGAAGAACCAGAAGAUAAACUCCAAGAAAUCCGUGAUGAAUUCAGAGAAUGGACCAACAAUCUUCGAGGGGACUUCAAAACAAAGGCUGAACAUUUUCGUAUUCUUUUCGAAAAAGAGGCAGCCAGCCUUCGAGAGGACUUUAAGACGCAAGUCGAAGAGCUUCGAGAAGAAUACAAGGAAGAGCUUCUCGAAAUUCGACAGAAAUACCAAGAACAAAGGGCAAGGGAAAGCGGCCUUGAACAGAAAUCGGAGUAG